UGGACACCGCCCGCUCCUCGCCCCCCGCCCUCCCCGGACCCGGCGCUGGUCCUUCGCGGCCCGCCCCCCGCCGCCAUGGGCUCGGAGAUGGAGCCGCUGCUCCUGGCCUGGAGCUAUUUUAGGCGCAGGAAGUUUCAGCUCUGCGCCGAUUUGUGCACGCAGAUGCUGGAGAAGUCCCCUUAUGAUCAGGCAGCCUGGAUUUUAAAAGCACGAGCACUAACUGAAAUGGUGUACAUAGAUGAAAUUGAUGUCCAUCAGGAAGGAAUUGCAGAAAUGGUACUGGACGAAAAUGCUAUUGCUCAGGUUCCACGUCCUGGAACAUCUUUGAAACUCCCUGGAACUAAUCAGACAGGAGGGCCUAGUCCAGCUGUCAGGCCCAUCACUCAAGCUGGAAGACCCAUCACAGGUUUCCUUAGACCCAGCACACAAAGUGGAAGGCCAGGGACGAUGGAACAGGCCAUCAGGACACCCAGAACCGCCUACACAGCUCGCCCUAUCACCAACUCAUCUGGAAGAUUUGUCAGGCUGGGAACGGCUUCCAUGCUUACCAGUCCUGAUGGACCUUUUAUAAAUUUAUCUAGGCUGAAUUUAGCAAAAUAUGCCCAGAAACCCAAAUUGGCAAAGGCUUUGUUUGAGUAUAUCUUUCAUCAUGAAAAUGAUGUUAAGACUGCUUUGGAUUUGGCUGCCCUUUCCACAGAGCAUUCUCAGUACAAGGACUGGUGGUGGAAAGUGCAGAUUGGAAAAUGUUACUACAGGUUAGGAAUGUAUCGUGAAGCAGAAAAACAAUUUAAAUCAGCCCUGAAGCAACAGGAAAUGGUAGAUACAUUUCUCUACUUGGCAAAAGUUUACAUCUCAUUGGAUCAACCUGUGACUGCUUUAAAUCUUUUCAAACAAGGCUUAGAUAAGUUUCCGGGAGAAGUAACCCUACUGUGUGGAAUUGCCAGGAUCUAUGAGGAAAUGAAUAAUAUUCCAUCAGCCACUGAAUACUACAAAGAGGUUUUGAAACAGGACAAUACUCAUGUGGAAGCCAUUGCAUGCAUUGGAAGCAACCACUUUUACUCUGAUCAACCAGAAGUAGCCCUCCGGUUUUACAGGCGACUCCUGCAGAUGGGUGUUUAUAACUGCCAGCUUUUUAACAAUCUGGGGCUCUGUUGCUUCUAUGCCCAGCAGUAUGAUAUGACUCUGACCUCCUUCGAACGUGCCCUUUCUCUGGCUGAAAACGAAGAGGAGGUAGCUGACGUCUGGUACAACUUGGGACAUGUAGCUGUGGGCAUAGGAGAUACGAAUCUGGCCCAUCAGUGCUUCAGGCUGGCCCUGGUUAACAACAACCACCACGCCGAGGCCUACAACAACCUGGCCGUGCUGGAAAUGCGCAAGGGCCACGUGGACCAGGCAAGAGCACUGUUACAAACUGCAUCAUCUUUAGCACCCCACAUGUACGAGCCGCAUUUUAAUUUUGCAACAAUUUCUGAUAAGAUUGGAGAUCUCCAGAGAAGCUAUGUUGCUGCUCAGAAGUCUGAAGCAGCAUUUCCAGAUCAUGUGGAUACGCAACACUUAAUUAAGCAGUUAAAGCAGCAUUUUGCUAUGCUCUGAUUUUUCCUUAGACCAACCUAUUCUUAUGGAGGGGCAUUAUACAAGGGUAUAUGCGUAUAUGUACGUGUGUGUUAUAAACCUGUGCUUGAUCUUAGCGAAGGUGACAUAAGGGAAUUUAAACCAGGACGUCUAAUGAAAAUUUUCUAAUAACAACCUUAUAAGAUACUGUUAUAAAAGACAGAAUUUAAGCAUUGUAAGCAGAUUGUGAAACCUCCCACAUUCUAUGGUAGAUGUUCAUUUAUAACCUUUACAAAACAUUUUCAUGAAUUUCCUCAAAUUUUUAUAAACGCACAUUUUUAAUGUCCUUUAGCCUGGCCAUUAGCUAUCAUGCAGCUGAAGAGGUCUGAUACCUGCCUUUAAAAUUGCACUUUUAUGGCUGAAAGUGUAUCCUUAUCCUAGAUACAGACUUUAGAUUAAAAAUUGUAUUUAAAACUAUUUUUUACCAAAUGCUUGGUGAGACACUACAUUUUCUUAUAUAUUAUGCUUUAAAAUAAAUGUGUAUAAAACACCAUCAUUCUGUUAUUUUUCACGAGUUUUUAUCUCCAUCCUCUCAGAGAAAACAAAUUUUCAGAAGUCCGAUGAUCUUAGUCAUUAUUUUAAUUUUAUUUAGAAUAAAUAAUGGACCGUCAGUUUAGCUUUUUUUCUGAGAAGCUGUUUUUGGGAUAUUGAGUUGUUAAUAUAAGGAUAUCAGGAUCAGAAAUGGAGUCAUAGACCUGAAGUCCUUCUUCUGGUCAUCCUGAGAAGGUUAGGCCGGAUCCCAGGCCCAUACACUGGAAAAUCCUAGAAAGGCUCUCCUAGUGGAACUUGAAGUGUUCAUACCUGCUUCACAUUCAUACAACACAAGGGAAAUGUGGUCAAGCAUCAGGGCAACUCGAAUUCAUAUUUUGGGCUUUGGGAUCUGUUCAUGUCGCUAUUUAUUUUUUUAACUUCAUGAAAACUAUUUUAUAGGUACUUGUUUCUGCUCUGAUUUAUAUAAACAGUACUACUUACAGCUGGUAGAAUGCAAAAAAAAUGUGAAUUCAAGGAAUAGAUGGUUAGAGGCUGGAAGUAACCUCAGAGGAUCUAUAGAUGAGUCUCUCUGUGGAGGAGGCCAGGCCCAGAGUCACACUGCAGGUUGGCAUGACUGGAACCCAGACCUUGUUCCUGCACUUCAGGCUGGAACCUCCCCUGGUCCUCCGUGAUAUACGAGUGCUUGUUCAGCUUGCAAGAAUUUCCUUAAACACUGUCAUGUUUCCCAACACUGUAUGCAAUAUUAGGGUUCAACUAUUAUAUUGUAAAUCAUUUUCUUCAUUAAUUAAAAGAACUAAUCACGA